GGCACAACAAGAGAUUAGGUGGGGAAUAAAUGUGGUGCUUGCAGUGCUGCUUGCCGGUUUUGUUGCUUGUUACAGAUUAUAAAAAAAAUAAGCAAAAGAGGUAUUUAAGCGCGCAAAUGACAGAGCAGAACGUAUGAUUCUCUCUCUCUGCCUCUCUCUCUCUCUCUCUCCCCUCAGCACUGCCCCCACUGAGCCAGUGACCUCACUUGCUUUUUCUCUUCUUUUUUCUCUCUUUUCUUUGUCCCUUUUCUGCUUUCCUAUCCUCCAUUCUCACUUUCUAGUUUAUGCUCUCAAAAAAUACAUUCCCCCUUCCUCUUCUCCGGUUUAAACCAAAAGCUCUUUUAAAAAAAAAAAAUACUGUUUUUGAGCAUCUCCCUUUAGCAACAUUUCAUAUCAAAACCAACUUUUUUAUUCAAACCCAGAUAAGAGGUAGGGUUUCUUCAAAUGCUCAGAGCUUGAAUCUUCAUAUUUUAGCUUUUCUCUGGGUUCCUCUUCAGAAUAGAAGCAAUGGGUGUAAUGGGCAAGAAUUUGUUGGUUUUGUUCCUUAUGAUCUUGCUGCUUUUUGGAGGUGUCUCUUCAGCUCCUUCUACUACUUCACCUGCAAAGAUUGUUAGUGGGUUAUUCUCAAAUGUCGCUUCUGCUUUUAUGAAAUGGUUAUGGUCUCUCAAAGCCACUACUAAAACAGCUAUUUCUGGCCGGCCGAUGAUGAAAUUUGAAAGUGGGUAUACUGUCGAGACGGUGUUUGAUGGAAGCAAGCUUGGGAUUGAGCCUUACUCUGUAGAGGUGUUGCCCAGUGGGGAGCUUCUAAUUUUGGACUCCGCUAACAGUAACCUUUACAGGAUAUCCUCUUCCCUGUCUCUAUACAGCAGACCUAAGCUCGUUGCUGGAUCUCCUGAGGGAUACUCUGGACAUGUAGAUGGGAAGACCAGAGAGGCAAGGAUGAACCAUCCAAAGGGGCUGACAGUAGAUGACAGAGGAAAUAUUUAUAUUGCAGACACCAUGAAUAUGGCAAUCAGGAAGAUAAGUGAUGCAGGGGUUACAACAAUUGCGGGAGGGAAAUGGGGCCGUGGAGGAGGCCAUGUAGAUGGAGCAAGUGAAGAUGCAAAGUUUUCUAAUGAUUUUGAUGUGGUAUACAUUGGAAGCAGUUGCUCUCUGCUUGUUAUAGACAGAGGAAACCGAGCCAUCAGAGAGAUCCAACUCCAUUUUGAUGACUGUGCUUAUCAAUAUGGCAGUGGCUUUCCCCUUGGGAUUGCAGUCCUUGUAGCAGCUGGCUUCUUUGGUUACAUGCUGGCUUUGCUGCAACUUAGGGUGGGAAUGAUCUUUUCUUCUCAGAAUGAUCGGGAUGCAAUGAAAACAAGCACUGCAGCAAGUCCAUAUCAGAAACCUCUUAAAUCAGUCAGGCCACCUUUAAUUCCAACUGAAGAUGAACAAGAGAAGCAUGAAGAAGGCUUCUUUGGAUCCCUUGGCAAGCUUUUUGCCAAUGGUGGAGCAGCUGUUGUUGAAAUUUUGGGAGGAAUAGUUCCUGGUUUUAGAAAGAAGUCACCAAGCUAUCAAUAUCAAAACCAGCCGCAGAUGCAUUCAAAUGCUUGGCCAAUGCAGGACAGCUUUGUGAUAACAGAGGAAGAUGAGCCUCCUUCUAUUGAAACUAGAACGCCAACGCCAAGGAAAACCUAUCCAUUCAUGUCCAAGGAUGCUGAAAAGAAGCAUCAAUGGAAGCCAGGUCGAGCUUUCUAUAGUGGGUGGGAUGAUUUUCAGCAGCAGCAGCAGCAGCACCAAAAACAACAUCAUCAUCGAUAUCAAUCUACAACCCCACACACUUACUAUGAGCAAAGCAAUGAGAAAACAAAUGAGAUUGUGUUCGGGGCAGUUCAGGAGCAGGAUGGGAAGCGUGAAGCUGUGGUGAUUAAGCCUGUUGAUUAUGGAGAGUCCAUUUACAACCACCACAAUAUUCGCUCUAGAACCAAUUAUGUUGGUUACAGUAAUGGGUAUUGAUCAUAUACAUAAGAGAUUUUGGAGUUACAACCUGAUUUGUCUAUUAUUAUUCCUUAAAAAUUUAGGAUACACUUGGCAUCAAGAUUUAAUCCGAGAGAAUGAAUUAUGUGUGGGAGCUGCUAUAGUGCCUUGGAAGGUUUAUUAUUUAGGUCUGGUAAAAAUCUUUGUAGCCCUGUUCCAUAAAGUGACGCUCCUAAGAAACUGGUGGAAGAAAUGAAGCAGUAUCCCUUUCCUUCUUAGAUUGUCUUGUGCCCAACUUUCAUGUUCUCUCUAGUUAUUAUAAAAUUUAAUUUUAUUGUUA